GUUAUAUAUAAAGUAUACUUUUUAAUAGACCAGUUUUGUUUGCCACUCUUUAGAUUUAAAAGUGACAUUUAUAUCGAAGAGAUGAUUGCAAAAAUCAGUAUUUUUAUCCUUAUUUUCUACAUUUCUUGUUUGGGAUUCAUAGAUACAGCUCAAACUUCGGUACUUGGGGAAAAGAAACAAUGUUCUCCGUGUUCCACUUGUGCACCAUGCAAUUCAUGUUCUGUACCAUCGCCUCUAUCAUGUGAUAUUUGCCCGUCAAGAACAGAAAAGAUUGAGAUACCUCUCAAGAAUUCCGUACAUCCCAAUUCUACGGUCGAAAACGGCAAAGAACGAAGAAGUCCAUUUUAUCCACCUGGCUGUCCGAAGAAGAAAUGUAAGCCGUGUCCGCCUAAGAAGAAGAAGAAGUGCAAAAAAUGCAAAAAAUGUCCACCAUGUAUUGCCGCACGUCCAUGCAAAAAAUGUCCUAAAUUGAAGCCUUGCAAAUGUAAAUGUCAUUGUCGUCCUGGAGCUCCAGCACCAGUUCAAUUCUAAUCUGAAAGAUGGGCAAGAAAAAAAUUAUUUUC